GGGCAUGCCUGUUGGGUAUGACCAAACAGAACUCUGCCAGCAUGCGUUUUCAGCCUGUAAUGUGUAAGCAUGCAAGCAGCAGGAGAGGUGGAUGUGGCUGUCCAGAGAUGGGCAGUGGGGGCAACUCCUCUUCCUGAGGAUCAUCUGUGUCUUGCAUUUUAUGACAAGUUUUCUCUCUGAGAGCCUCAAAGCAACCCAUUAAGCUUCUUUUAAUUAAGCAAGCCCCUUACCUGAAGUAGAAGACGUCUCUCCCAUUUCCCAUCCAUGGAAACUGAGGCACAGAGCAAGGCUGUGACAUCCCCAUUGGCACAAUCAGGGGCUCAGCAGGAGAGCAGUGACUGAAACGCACCACUUCCUGUGCUUGCUCUGUUGCCAGUGUCUCGGAAAUCCCAGAGAACAGCCGGGUGUGGUGCUGAGCCAGGGGUUAUCAAUAACUUUCUGGUUGCUGCUUGGAUCCUGCUAUCCUUUUCACUGCAGAUAUCGCCUGCUUCUUGAUCUGCUGCCUAAUCUAUAAUCCCAGCUCCCUGCUGCCUUUCCCUUGGAGUGCUGUUUUCCCAUUCGGUGUGUAAAUCCUUACAGGUGGGGCCAGGGAUAGCGAGCAGAAUCAAACUCUGUCAUUUCUUUAAGGCUUUGGGGUAAUUUUUAUCGCGGAAUAUUGCUGAUUGUGUCUUGCAUGAUACCAAAGCUGCAGCGAGCAGAUUUGAAGCAUACUGAAAGACUAAUGCAAAUUAGACCUGCUGCAUAACGGCUUCAGCAACUGUGAAACCUAUGAUCUAAAAGCAGGUAUCUGCUACACUGACUUUAUUGGUGUUAGGAUCCCCUGUUUCAGCAUGCAGAUCCUGGAACUGAACAGAAAGCAAGAGAGACAGCAUGGCAAAGAGACAUGAAAGGGAGUCUCUCUCCUAGAUGCUGAGCCCUUUAAGAAAGAAGGGGAAGGAUGAAGAUGAGACGCCAUAAGCUCUUUCUGACUCUCUGCAUGGCUGGUCUCUGCCUCAUCUCCUUCUUGCACUUCCUCAAGGCCCUUUCCUAUGUCACCUUCCCCCGGGAGCUGGCUUCGCUUAGUCCCAACCUUGUCUCCAGCUUCUUCUGGAACAAUGCCCCUGUCACACCUCAGGUCAGCCCUGAGCCGGGGGGCGCAGAUUUCCUCCGCACGCCCCUGUACUCGCACUCCCCCUUGCUCCAGCCCCUGCCACCCAGCAGAGCCAGCGAAGAGCUGCACAAAGCUGAGUUUAUACUGCCAGAAGACACAACAGAGUAUUUCGUCCGUACCAAAGCCGGUGGCAUUUGCUUUAAACCAGGCACCAAGGUGCUGGAGAAGCCACCCGUGGGAGGGCGGCUGGAGGAGCGAGCAGAUGGCGUGGCAUCGGGGCGGCCAGCUCGCAAGCCACUGAGCGCCAGUGGGACCAAGCGGCGCAAGUGGGUAGAGUGCGUGUGCCUGCCUGGCUGGCACGGCCCCAGCUGCGGGGUCCCCACCGUGGUCCAGUACUCCAACCUGCCCACCAAGGACCGCCUUGUGCCGCGGGAGGUCCCCCGGCGCGUCAUCAACGCUAUCAAUGUCAACCAUGAGUUUGACCUGCUGGACGUCCGCUUCCACGAGCUGGGAGACGUGGUGGAUGCCUUCGUGGUGUGCGAGUCAAACUUCACCGCCUACGGAGAGCCGCGGCCCCUCAAGUUCCGUGAGAUGCUCCUCAACGGCUCCUUUGACUACAUCCGCCACAAAGUGCUCUACGUCUUCCUGGACCACUUCCCGCCUGGAGGCCGCCAGGAUGGCUGGAUUGCCGAUGAUUACCUGCGCACCUUUCUCACCCGAGACGGCAUCUCGCGCCUCCGCAACCUGCGCCCGGAUGAUGUCUUCAUCAUCGAUGAUGCCGAUGAGAUCCCAGCCCGUGAUGGCGUGCUCUUCCUCAAGCUCUAUGACGGCUGGACGGAGCCCUUCGCCUUUCACAUGCGCAAGUCGCUCUAUGGCUUCUUCUGGAAGCAGCCAGGCACCUUGGAGGUGGUCUCAGGCUGCACCAUGGGGAUGCUCCAGGCUGUCUAUGCUACCGACGGGAUCCGUCUGCGGCGCCGCGAGUACUACACCAUGCCUGGCUUUCGGCAGUACGAGAACAGCACAGGACACAUCCUGGUGCAGUGGUCACUGGGAAGCCCCCUCCACUUUGCUGGCUGGCACUGCUCCUGGUGUUUCACCCCAGAGGGAAUCUACUUCAAACUGGUGUCGGCCCAGAACGGGGACUUCCCCCGCUGGGGUGACUAUGAGGAUAAACGAGACCUCAAUUAUAUCCGGGAGCUGAUCCGGACUGGUGGCUGGUUUGAUGGUACUACUCAGGAGUAUCCUCCUGCUGACCCCAAGGAGCAGAUGUAUGCUCCCAAGUACCUGCUCAAGAACUACCAGCGGUUCCGCUACUUGUUGGAGAACCCCUACCGAAAAGUGGAGGGUGCUGGGUGAGGGCACUGGGGCUCGUGUGGGAAAUCAGAACUUCACAACAAAGGGAAAGAGUUGGGUGUUUUCAUCUGUUCCUUUCUUUGUUUUCUUUGGUUCUGGGUGGGAAGUGCCAUUUCUCUGGGGUCUCUGCCCUCCCUCCCUUCCUUCUCUUCUUCCCUUCAUCCCAGAGUGAUUCCUGGGGACACACUUAUAUGAAGGGAGGCAUGGGCAGGUGGAGGAGGGAUGGUGGGAACCUACUCUGGUGGUAGGAUAAAGACUUUCUUGCAUCUCCUGGACCUCUCCUGCUGGCUGGAGAGACUCUGCAUCCAGCUGGUGGGUUUUCCUCUGCGGGAGGCUGGGAGAGUCCCAUGGGGAGAGAGGGCAGCUCCUCCUGUCCACGCUUGUCCUUUGUGGGUUGGAGCAAGCACAGAUGCAAGCUUGAGCUAUUCAGUGAGCAUGUGAGUCAGCAGGCACAAACCGAUAUGAGCGAUCACGUGUGCAGAUGUGUGUCACAGGCGUUUUUUGGAUGAGUGAAUGUGCAAAAGCAUCUCAGUAUGCGUUUAUUUUUUGUAUACCUCUGUGUUCAAAGGGUAUUUUGGAGAAGGGAAAUCCUUUGCUUCCAAGGUGUUCUCCCCAAGACGCAGCCUCUUCCCACAGGCUCAAUGCAUCUGUCCUGGGCUCUAUCUUGCCCUGAUGCUCUACCAGUUCUGGAGCAGGCAGACAGGAAGCAGAGGAAAAAGAUGAUUUUUUUUUUUUUUUUAAUUAUUAUUAAUUUUUUUCUUUUACUCCUUUUUCACCCCUGCCCCAACAACACUGUACUAGCUUGUCCCACAGGCACUGAAGCAUCUUCCUUGCAGUACGUGCUUCUGCUGAGGCUGGGACAAGCUGCAGGGGAAUUAAUCAGACAACGGGAGUGUAUGUUUACAAGUGCAUGGUUUCCUAUGUGCAUGAGUGCUAACAUGCAUGGUUUUGGUAUGCACGUGGGCAUUCGUUACCAGUACUGAAAGGGAAGGGGACAGAGUUGGGCUUGGGUAUGUGUGCUUUUAGAAAAUGGGGGGAUCUGGGAGCUGCAAUCUCCAUCUUGGCAAGGAUGACUUUUUGGGGAGUUCAUAGCAGAGCGGUGCUAAAACACAUGGGACUGUUGUGUGCCUCUUUGGCUGCCUCUGCAGCCUUGUGGGCUGUGCCUGCCCCAGGGUUGGUACUUACAUGUGUUGGCUGUUCCUUCUUGCUGUGGGGUAAAAGGGAGAGGAGAAGGGCAAAGCUCUGAGUCAGCAGUGGGUGUUGUGGGGAAACACAGAGCCUGCCAAGGCACAGGAUCCAUCUGUCUGCUGUUCAGGUGUGAGGGAGCUUAUGGAGC